AGCUGCAUGAGGUGUGCGAGCUGCUCUCGUGCGAGGUGCCGGCGAUGGCGGCGGCGCUGCAGACGCGCACGGUGGAGGCGCGCGGCGACACCGUGAUGGCCGAGCUGACCGCCGUGGAGGCCACGCGCGCCCGCGAUGCGCUUUGCCGCGCGCUCUACAACCGCCUCUUCACCUGGGUCGUCGCCAGAGCUAACGAGGCAAUCAAGGUGAGGACGCUUGGCCGCAGGAAGGUGCUUGGACUGCUCGAUAUUUUCGGCUUCGAAAUCCAAGAAACAAACAGCUUUGAGCAGCUGGUCAUAAAUUUUUGCAAUGAGAAACUUCAUCAGAUCGUCACAGAGAUCACGCUGAAGGAGGUGCAAGAGGACUACCUGCGGGAGGGCAUCGACUGGACGCCCCUCGACAUCCCAACCAACAACGCCGUCGUGGACCUUAUUGAGCAGCGACAGACCGGCGUGCUAGCUGUGAUAGAAGACGUGUGCGCCAGGGUGGGCGGAAGCACCGACGCGUUGCUGCAGCAGCUGUCCUUCUCGUGCGGAGGCCACUCGCUCUUCGACAUCAAGGGAGGCCGCCACUCGCACUCCGACAACAACAUUCCGCACGACUCGUUUAGAAUCCGACAUUAUGCAGGUUCUGUUACCUACAAUGUCCAUGGCUUCAUCGAGAAGAACUGCGACGGCCUCCACCGCGACCUCACGCGGGCCAUGUUUUGCUGCAGCCACAGGAUCAUCAAGGAACUCUUUCCAGAGGGCAACCCGCGCCGGACCACCCUGAAGCGGCCUGCCACCGUGGGCACGCAGGUCCUCAUCUCGGUCUCGUCCCUGAUGCGGACCCUGCGCUCCAAGACGCCGCACCUCGUAGCCUGCAUCAAGCCCAACGAACUGAAGCAGCCGAGGAUCCUGGAGAGCGCCCUCGUCCUGCAUCAGAUCAAAUACCUCGGACUGGUGGAGCAGGCGCGAGUGAGGUGCGAGGGAUGGGCGUAUCGCGCCACACACGAGGCCUUCCUGGCGAGGUACGGCAUGCUGUCCCUGCACACGUGGCCGUGCUGGAGGGGACAGCCCCUCGAAGGGUGCGCUCUGCUCCUGGCCGACCUGCCCCUCACGCCCGCACAGUACACCUUCGGGAGGAACAAAGUCUUCAUCAAGAGCCAGAGAGCUGUGCAUGAGUUGGAGGAAUACCGCCGCGAGCGGCUGGAGGACCUGGCGGUGCUCGUGCAGAAGACGUACCGCGGGUGGCGGCAGCGGCAGCUGUACCGCACGAUGCGGGCGGCGCAGAUCACCAUCGCCACCACGUGGAGGAGCUGGAAGGCGCGGGAGGAGUACCGGGAGCUGAAGCACAAGCGGAAGGUGGAGUGGGCGGCCGUCGUGAUCCAAGCCGCCUAUAUCAACUUCCAGCGGCGGAAGUUCCUGCUGAAGGUGCUGAUGGAUCAGCCGAGCGACUCCCCGGCCGACGGGUCUUGGCCGCCGGCGCCCCGCUCCCUGCACGACCUCAGCCUGCUCCUUCGUCGCCUUCACCACAAAUGGCGGUGCCACCGGUAUCGCCUCCAGUUCGACCAGACGGCGCGGAACAGGAUGAGAGAGAAAGUCACGGCUUCCAUUAUUUUCAAAGACAGGAAAGCUUCGUAUUCCAAAAGCGUGUCGCAUCCCUUCCUCGGGGACUACGUGCGCAUCCGCCAGAACGCUCAGUGGAAGAAGCUCGCCGCGGAGACCAACGACCAGUACGUGGUGUUCGCCGACAUCGUCAACAAGAUCACGCGCUCAGCCGGCAAGUUCGUGCCGAUCCUGCUGGUGGUUUCCACGAACUCCCUGCUGGUGCUGGACCAGAGGACGCUGCAGGUCAAGUACCGGAUCCCCGCUCACGACAUUCAGCGGAUCUCGCUCUCGCCCUUCCUUGACGACAUCGCUGUCCUUCACGUGAAGCCCCCGACGCCGACAGCCGACCUCUCGGGCUCGCAGAACCUCAACCCCGGCUGCCUCUUCGGGUCGGACGAAGUCAAGCGGAAGGGAGACCUGGUGCUUCAAACUGGUCACGUGAUCGAGGUGGUGACCAAGCUCUUCCUGGUGGUGCAGAACGCCACGGGGAAGCCGCCCGACGUCUGCAUCUCGACGGAGUUCGACGUGAACUUCGGCCAGAGCUCCGUGCUGUUCACCUUCAAGACCGCCGGCCUGGCCGAGGUGACGCCCGGCCAGAUCAGGAUCAUCCGCCGACACAACCGCAUGGAAGUCAUCCUGUAG